UUCAUACUCAAAAAGUGUAAUGAAUUCCAUCUCUCUUCCCGCAAAACCCUUGUUCUCCUUCUCCUGGAAACCCCUCUUCCCUUUUUCCCUUCACAGAAUCCCCGCCAUUAAAAUGUCAACUUCCAUCAACAACCCAUCUGAACUUUCCCCUUCCGCUUCCCUGCAAAAUUACCCAAAACCAUUAUCCCCACCUCUUUCCGCCAUCUCCAAGGACAUAGAGCUCGCCAGAGCCAUGUCCGCCUCUUCAAGAUCCAGCCUUUUCUCCUUGUCAACGACGGAUGUCUUGUUUGAAGAUCAAUGGCUAAUGGCCGUCAAUAAACGUCAAGGAAUUUACUGCGAGUUCGUGUUGGAAUCCGUCCCAGCCCUUCUCCUUUCUCUCUCAAAAACCGCCCUAGUCAUAGACGCCAUUGGCAAUACAAUUGGCCCUCCGGAGCUCCACCUGGUGAAUCGGCUCGAUCGAGACACUAGCGGUUGUCGAUAAAGGGUGAUGUGAAGUAUGAAGGAGUUCAUGAGUGGAAUGGGGAAGUGUGCAGUGGCCAUGAAUUACAUGCAGAGAGCUUGUCUUUUGAUCAUCCUAUGACUGGUCUUUCCCAUGAAGGUUCAUGCGCCUCUGCCUUUAUGGGCAACUCAUCUAUUACCUAAAUCAUAUGAUCAGUGGCGCGAUGGACCAAUUGUUUGAUGAUGGUAGACGCAUAUGCUGCUCGAUUUUGAGGACAUGGGAGCUGGUAACGUUGGAAUCUUGAAGGAAAUAGGACAAUGGUUCGUGUUGUUUGUCGUUGAGAAAGCCAUAGCCUUUUCGCUUCAAUUUGGAGUUGGCUUUGUUAUGAUGAGAGGCUGAGCACGUCUUUUGAGCAUCUUGUUACUGGUCUUCCCAGGAAAGUUCAUGCGCCUUUGCCUUCAUGAGCAAUGCAGUUGCUGCCUGAAUUGUAGGAUUCAAUGUGGCCUUCUGAAGUUGAUGGAGAUGCACAUAUGGGUAGCGGGUGGUUGAUGCUCUUAUCGAUUCAACUACAUCUGUACAACUGUACUUGUAAUGAUGUUUGCUUUAACCUCGAGUUAGGUUAGCUAAUAUAACUAUGAUGACUUC